AUGGACGACGGCGAUAGUGUCGUCCGGAGCGUCGACAAGGCCGGCGCCGCCCCGGGCGACGACGGCAGCGCGACACCGCUCCCGGAGACGGUUCAAAUUGGCAAUUCGCCUACUUACAGACUUGACAGAAAGCUUGGAAAGGGAGGAUUUGGGCAAGUAUAUGUUGGUCGCCGUAUUUCCUCUCCUAGUGUUAGUGACAGGACGCCCGGUGCAAAUGCUUUAGAGGUUGCAAUCAAAUUUGAACAUCGAACCAGCAAAGGUUGCAACUAUGGUGCUCCUUAUGAGUGGCAAGUUUACAACACUCUUAGCGGAAUUCAUGGCGUACCAAGAGUACACUACAAAGGGAAGCAGGGAGAGUAUUAUAUCAUGAUUAUGGACAUGUUGGGGCCAAGCCUGUGGGAUGUUUGGAAUAAUAACUCUCACUCUAUGUCUGUUGAAAUGGUGGCUUGCAUUGCUAUAGAAGCAAUUUCCAUAUUGGAGAAGAUGCACUCAAAAGGGUACGUCCAUGGAGAUGUAAAACCUGAAAACUUUUUGCUUGGACCUCCAGGCACCCUAGAAGAGAAGAAACUUUUUCUUGUUGACCUUGGUUUAGCUACCAGAUGGAAAGACACUGGUACAGGAGAGCAUGUUGAAUAUGAUCAGAGGCCUGAUGUCUUCAGGUUUCCUUGUCUGCAAGAAAAGAUGGCAACUUCUCCGGAAUCUUUGUGUUGCUUUUGCCCACAACCUUUCCCACAAUUUAUUGAGUAUGUUGUGAACUUAAAGUUUGAUGAAGAACCAAACUAUGCAAAGUGCAUUUCUCUUUUUGAUGGCAUUGUUGGUCCAAACCCAGACAUAAGGCCAAUCAAUACAGAUGGUGCUCAGAAGGUAGGCCAGAAGAGAGGUCGCUUUAUGAUGGAGGAAGAUGAUGAUGAGCAGCCCAAAAAGAAGAUUAGGAUGGGAAUGCCUGCGACCCAAUGGAUUAGUGUUUACAAUGCCAGGCGGCCUAUGAAACAGAGGUAUCACUACAAUGUUGCAGACAGCAGGUUAGCUCAGCACAUUUCAAAGGGAAAUGAAGACGGCUUAUUUAUAAGCUCUGUUGCCUCUUGUUCUAAUCUGUGGGCUUUGAUAAUGGAUGCUGGCACUGGAUUUACUUCUCAAGUGUAUGAACUUUCUCCAUAUUUUCUUCACAAGGAAUGGAUAAUGGAGCAAUGGGAGAAGAACUUCUAUAUCACUGCGCUAGCAGGGGCAAACAAUGGCAGUUCACUGGUGAUCAUGUCGAGAGGAACACAAUAUGCCCAGCAGUCCUACAAAGUAAGCGACUCAUUCCCUUUCAAGUGGAUAAACAAAAAGUGGAAGGAGGGUUUUUAUGUUACUGCUAUGGCCACAGCUGGAAGUCGGUGGGCAGUGGUCAUGUCCCGGAAUUCUGGCUUUUCGGCACAGGUUGUGGAGCUUGACUUCUUGUAUCCAAGUGAGGGUAUCCAUCGACGCUGGGAUAAUGGAUUUCGCAUCACGUCUACUGCAGCUACAUGGGAUCAGGCAGCGUUUAUCUUCAGCAUCCCCAAAAGGAAACCUGCUGAUGAAAUACAGGAAACCCUAAGAACAUCUGCUUUCCCCAGUCAACAUGUGAAGGACAAAUGGGCGAAAAAUCUCUACUUAGCUUCCAUUUGCUAUGGAAGAACUGUGUCAUGA